GCCUGCUCUCCGUCGCUCCGCUCGCUUGUUGUGGAGGGAAGCAGUUAGCUCCGUUAGCUCCGUUAGCUCCGUUAGCUCUGUGUGUGUGUGUGUGUUUGAGGGAAGCGGCUAGCUGCGUUAGCCCCGUUAGCUCCGUUAGCUCCGUGUGUGUUUGAGCGAUACUUUACUGUAGUUAUUCCUUUCCAACAUGGCGUACCAGCUGUACCGGAACACCACGCUGGGGAACAGCCUACAGGAGAGUCUGGACGAGCUCAUACAGACUCAGCAGAUCACUCCUCAGCUGGCUCUUCAGGUCCUCCUUCAGUUCGAUAAAGCGAUCAACACGGCGCUCGCCAACCGAGUCCGCAACAGGGUCAACUUCAGGGGUUCUCUGAACACCUACAGGUUCUGUGACAACGUGUGGACGUUUGUCCUGAACGACGUGGAGUUCAGGGAGGUGACGGAACUCGUGAAGGUCGACAAGGUCAAAAUAGUCGCCUGUGACGGAAAGAGCGAGUCGACCCAGAACAAAACCGACAAAUGAGUGACGACUCUUCUUUGUGUGUUCUGGUGUCAGACGGAGUUGGACCUGGACUGUACAUAUAAUUUAUUACAGCAGAGUCACAGCUGAGUGUGUGUGUGUGUGUGUGUGUGUGUGUGUGUGUGUGUGUGUGUGUGUGUGUGUGUGUGUGUGUGUGUGUGUGUGUGUGAGAGAGAGAGAGAGAGAGAGUGUGUGUGUGUGAGGACCGGUCACUGUACCUGCAGCAGUUUUUUUUAUUAUUCUCUCAGUUUACAGGAGGUUUGUGUUCAGUUUGCUGUUAUCGAGCUGGAUCAUCUUUAAUAAAAACUUUAUUUAAAACACA